AUGAAUCGAAAGCAUAAUGAUGGUAGACUACGAAACCUCCAGUCAAUUCAUUUUCUCAAUCUAUUUUUAGCAUCAAAUGUCAAACAAUCAAAGACAGCCAAACAAGUAACUCCCACUACAUCCCCAGUUAAACGAUUAGGAAGAAGAGGAACAAUUACAGCUAUACCUGAAUUCGAUGAAGUUGAAGAAAAUGAAGAAUUAAUAGAUAUUAAUAACCGACGUAUUGUUGAUUCUUUUAUUACAAUUCAUUUAUUCAGUAAACGACAUAAAGAGAAAUUGAUUUAUAUUAGUGAUAUUCAAUUAGAAACUAUGAAUCCUGAGUUUGAUACAAUUUCAUUACCUUUUGAUUUACCCAAUUCCUUUGAUAAGAUAAUUAUAAAGUUAUGGAGUCGACCGAUGUUUCCUAUUCCAAAUUCAAAUAAUAAUGAAUGGCAUUUAUUAGCAAUCUAUCGACUUAGUUUGAAAGCCAAUCUAAUCUAUCUUGGUGAACAACAGUUAUUAGAAGAAGAAUUACUGUCGCUAUUUAAACCAAAUUCAAUGAUUCUAAAGUUAAAUGGUAGAUGGUAUACAUUACCUAACUUAUUGAAAAUUCCCCGAGAAAAUCUUUUAUCGUGCUUAAUCCCACCUACAAAUCAUAUCCAAUCGAUACCUUCAUAUUCAUUUGAUUCAAUACGAUCGAUGAAUAAUCUAGAUAGGUCAAUUAAAGAGUUUUAUAUAUCAAAACAUAAGUUAAGCAAGCAGAUAUCUCAUGAUAUGCAUGUUCUUCAAGAUUCCAAUAAUAUCAAUAAUGUACCGAUUUUCUUGGGCAGAUUAAAAAGUUCGUGUGAUGCCUUGGGUAUUGCAAUUACAAACCAGCAAUCAAAGAAUGACGAAAUACGAUCAGAAAUAUAUCAAAUAAAGAAGCAAAUAUCUCAAACAAAAGAGAUUCUUUCCACUAAAUUCGAAGCAAUUAAAGAAACAACACUUAGUCAGAUUGAAGUAUAUGAAUCUGAAAUUGAAUCGAUUAAACAAUCCCUACAAGUUUCAUUAUAUCCAGAGUUACUUUCCCAACUACAAUCAAUAACCAAAAUAAUUCAAGACAUAUUCCCAAUUGAAAACAUUGAUGGGAUUCUGUUUUCAAUCCUAGGAUUCCAAUUUCCUUCAGAUAUAAAAGAUUUAUUAAAUAUUUGUUAUUAUAAUUCCCAUGAUUUGAAAAACUCAUAUUAUCAACCAACAUUCUUAAAUGAAUCCCAAUGGCAUAAUUUCAAAAUCGCCCAAAUCAACGCCGGGAUAACAUUUAUUGCCCAAAUAAUAAGUUUAUUGGCUAAUAUCACCAAUACUCCACUUAAAUCCGAAAUCAUCCUUGCCGGGUCUCAUAGUUUUAUAGUUGACCAUGUAUCUAAUUCAUAUCCACUUGCAUCAGCAACAUAUCCAAAACUGCACAUCAAAUCCCCAUAUAAAUUCGCCUUGUGUUAUAAUCAGUAUAAGAUUGAAAAAGUAACAAAUACUAGUCAUCAAGGAAAAUAUAUAUUGAUGAAUCAAGAAUUUGAAUAUGCUUUGAAAUUACUUAAUAGAGAUUUAAUUCUUUUGAUUAAUCAUGUGACGGACUUAUGUAAACGAAUAUAUCCAGGGGACGUUAAUUUGGAUAAUAAUAAUAAUGAAGUGCCUAUGGAAUGUUUGGAUAAUUUCUUGUGGAAUUUGAAAUAUUUAAUGUUAUUUAUGACUGCACCUACAUAG